GACAACGGCAAUUUGCCACCAUAGAAUAAAAACCACGGAUUUCUGGACAAUUCUGCCUUAUUGAUCACGGAAGCCGGGUCGUGUGUUGCAGUCGAUCCAGUGGUGAGAUUUGAACCACAUCAGGAAACCGCAACUGAUCUAGACGCGUGUGCGCGCGAUCAACAGGCUAGAUCUAUUGCCAUCCCCCUAGACUUCUUUGCAGUAUAGCUACAAAAACCACUGGAUUCCGACGCUACAGAAGUCUGAGCCCUGUGUGAAAGAUGACUGCCGACACCGAUACUCAGAAUGAGUACGACGAUGGGCUUCCGGGCCCCGGAGCGCCCACGCCACUCUCUUCCCUGGAGGGUGUCUCGGGCCUGACAAGUAGGGAUAUUAAGCUGUUUGUUGAUGCUGGAUACAACACUGUUGAGUCGGUUGCAUAUACGCCGAAACGUUUGUUGGAACAAAUCAAGGGUAUUUCGGAACAGAAAGCCACGAAAGUCCUGGUUGAGGCUAUGAAGCUUGUACCGAUGGGCUUUACCACCGCGACCGAAAUGCAUGCGCGACGAAACGAACUUAUCUCAAUCACGACAGGCUCGAAACAGUUAGACACCCUUCUUGGAGGUGGCCUUGAGACAGGCUCUAUCACAGAGAUCUUUGGAGAGUUCAGGACAGGAAAAAGUCAGAUAUGUCAUACACUCGCCGUGACUUGCCAAUUGCCUUUUGAUAUGGGCGGAGGAGAAGGAAAAUGCCUAUACAUUGACACAGAAGGUACCUUCCGACCAGUGCGUCUGUUGGCGGUUGCACAGCGAUACGGGCUGGUGGGAGAAGAGGUGCUGGAUAAUGUGGCGUACGCUCGUGCGUACAACUCAGACCAUCAACUUCAGCUACUCAACCAAGCUUCUCAGAUGAUGUGCGAGACUCGGUUCUCGCUCCUUGUCGUUGAUUCUGCCACUUCUCUGUACCGGACAGACUUCAACGGUCGUGGUGAAUUGUCGUCGAGACAAACACAUCUCGCGAAGUUCAUGCGUACUCUGCAGCGCCUCGCUGAUGAGUUUGGUAUUGCGGUCGUCAUUACGAACCAGGUCGUUGCCCAGGUGGAUGGUGGCCCGAGUGCAAUGUUCAAUCCCGAUCCGAAGAAGCCAAUCGGUGGUAACAUUAUUGCGCAUGCAAGUACGACGCGGCUAAGUUUGAAGAAAGGACGGGGCGAGACUCGGGUCUGUAAAAUCUACGAUAGCCCAUGUCUCCCUGAGAGCGAUUGUUUGUUCGCUAUCAAUGAGGAUGGUAUCGGGGACCCGAACCCCAAGGACUUGGAGAAUGACUGAAAAGGGCGCGGAUAGACUCUCAGGCUACGAGUUCAUGAUUAUAGUUGUUUUGCUAGCAUGUAUAGGCUGCGUAAAUAAUAAUAGCCUCGGACAUUCUAAUAUUCAGUAUAACUAGUCAUCAUUUUUUGUAAUAUGAGU